CGCAGAGUCGAGUUGGCAUUGCACUCGAGUCCUCGUCCUCCUAGCCAUCUUUUAUUCUUCUCUUAACCUCGCCGCGCUCGCUGUACGCCGCCGCCGUCGCCCCGCGAGCAUAGACUGAAUCGACUGCCUUCCCCCCUUCCCGCGACCCACCACCCCCCGCCCCACGUUCGCCGCUCCGCUCCGCCCCGCCCGCUCCCACCCCGCCCCUCAUCACACCAUGGCCUCCGAGGACCCGUCCGUCAAGGCCGUGCAGGUCAAGCUUGUCCUUCUUGGCGAGGCCGCCGUCGGCAAGUCGUCGCUCGUCCUCCGGUUCGUCCAGAACGACUUUAACGAGAACACGUCGCCUACUAUCGGCGCGGCGUUCUUGACGCAGAAAUGCCGCCUCGAGAACCGGGUGGUCAAGUUUGAGAUCUGGGACACGGCCGGACAAGAACGCUUCCACUCGCUCGCACCCAUGUACUACCGCAACGCGGCCGCCGCGGUCGUCGUGUACGACAUCACAAAGGCGGCGUCGCUCGAGAAGGCCAAGGCGUGGGUCAAGGAGCUGCAGCGCCAGGCCAACCCCAACAUUGUGAUUGCGCUCGUCGGCAACAAGCUCGACUUGGUCGAGGGCGCCGAGGAGGAGGCUGCGGCGCCCGCUGCCGCCGCCGCAGAGCCCGCAGAGGGCGACGACGAGGCCGAGGAGGACGCGCCGCCCGCCACGCCGGCCGGGCCUAGGCAGGUGCCUACUGCCGAGGCGGAGAAGUAUGCCCAGGAGUGUGGCCUCCUCUUCUUCGAGGCGUCGGCCAAGACGGGUACGAAUGUGCAGGACAUCUUCACCGAGAUUGCCAAGACAAUCCCCCUCGACUCGAUUGCACCAAAGCCCGCGGCUGGCGGCGCACAGGGCCGCAGGUCAGCAGCCAACGCCGCCGCCGGCGACGCGGCGCGCGUCGAGCUCGGCGGCGAGGCGACCGCCAAGAAGGGAGGCUGCUGCUAGGCGCCGCUAGACAAGUGGACCGUGUUCCCGGCGCUGCGCCGUAUUUUCCCAUUUCUGGGCACUUGCCCUCCCAUCUGUACUGUGUGUUCGUCCGUUUGAUAGUUGCCCCGAUGAAUGUUUCACGAAA